AUGAGUCAGAGGCAGGUGUUGCAAGUGUUCGAGCAGUACCAGAAAGCCCGGACCCAGUUCGUGCAGAUGGUGGCGGAGCUGGCGACCAGACCCCAAAACAUCGAGACGCUGCAGAACGCAGGUGUAAUGUCUUUGCUGAGGCCUCUUCUUCUGGAUGUGGUCCCAACAAUUCAACAGACUGCUGCAUUGGCUCUUGGGAGACUGGCUAAUUAUAAUGAUGAACUAGCAGAAGCAGUGGUGAAGGGUGACAUUCUUCCACAGCUUGUUUAUUCAUUGGCAGAACAGAAUCGUUUUUACAAGAAAGCAGCUGCCUUUGUGUUACGAGCAGUUGGUAAACAUUCUCCUCAACUAGCUCAGGCAAUAGUUGACUGUGGAGCACUGGAUACACUGGUGAUAUGCUUGGAAGAUUUUGACCCUGGAGUCAAGGAGGCUGCAGCUUGGGCACUUGGGUAUAUUGCAAGACAUAAUGCAGAACUGUCACAAGCUGUGGUGGAUGCGGGAGCUGUUCCUCUUUUAGUACUCUGUAUCCAGGAGCCAGAAAUUGCUUUGAAAAGGAUUGCUGCUUCGGCCCUCAGUGAUAUUUCAAAGCAUUCUCCGGAGUUAGCACAGACGGUAGUGGACGCAGGAGCUAUUGCUCACUUAGCCCAGAUGAUCCUGAACCCUGAUUCUAAAUUAAAGAAUCAGGUUCUUUCAGCUCUUAGUCAGAUUGCAAAACAUUCUGUGGAUCUGGCAGAAAUGGUGGUGGAAGCAGAGAUUUUUCCAGUCGUACUUACCUGCUUGAAGGACAAAGACGAAUACGUGAAGAAAAAUGCUUCUACUUUAAUUAGAGAGAUUGCAAAACAUACGCCUGAGCUUUCGCAGUUGAUCGUUAACGCCGGAGGAGUGGCUGCCGUGAUUGAUUGUAUCGGGUCCUGCAAAGGAAACAUAAGACUGCCUGGCAUCAUGAUGCUUGGUUAUGUAGCGGCUCAUUCUGAGAACCUGGCAAUGGCAGUGAUCAUUUCCAAGGGUGUGCCCCAGUUGUCAGUCUGCUUGUCAGAAGAACCAGAAGAUCAUAUUAAGGCUGCCGCUGCUUGGGCCUUAGGACAGAUUGGGAGACACACUCCAGAGCACGCCCGGGCUGUUGCAGUCACAAACACCUUGCCGGUUCUGCUUUCAUUGUACAUGUCAACAGAAAGUUCCGAGGAUCUUCAAGUAAAAAGUAAAAAAGCUAUAAAGAAUAUCCUACAAAAAUGCACCUAUUUACCAGCCCUUGAGCCAUUUCUGUAUGAUGCACCUCCCAAUAUUCUGAAGCAUGUUGUUGGACAGUUCAGUAAGGUACUGCCGCAUGACAGCAAAGCUCGACGACUUUUUGUAACAAGUGGUGGACUUAAAAAGGUUCAAGAGAUAAAAGCAGAGCCUGGCUCUCUCCUUCAAGAAUACAUCAACAGUAUUAACAACUGUUACCCAGAGGAAAUAGUAAGGUAUUAUUCCCCUGGAUAUUCAGAUACACUUCUGCAGAGAGUGGACAGCUAUCAACCACUUACUCACUAAGCAAAGUUCUGUUUUUAUACUCUAAUUCACAAUGGAGUAUUUAUGAAUGACAGUUGUUAAAGCUCUUUCUAAAUAUUUGAACUAAGUACAUUCUAGAUUUAUUCAGUGGGAAAUACCUUUGG